UUUUAUCUGCCUUGGGAUGUGCUAUUCCAGGAGUUCGAGUAGAUUUAAAGGAGACACGUUUUUAUAUAAAACAUUUUGACAUUCCUUCAAUUCAAAAUAACCGAUUCGAAUUGGUCCCUCGAAAGAAAAAAAAGAGGUGAUAAUUUGUCUAGAAUUAGCGUGACUGCAAAGACUUAAUCCCAUUAAUUAAGUGGCAAAUUUGCAGGUUGCCAAGUCACUUGCAUCCUUGAUUGACCUGGCCUCAUUUCGAAGCAUUAGUAAACCUGUAAGCGCUGGAUGUGGGAAUGAAAUGGACAUCACAACUUUCUUCAAUAAUUUGUUAAUGCUACAUGUCACGGCUACUGGAUGUGGGCUUAUUUUAAGGUAAAGACAAACGCAGUGCGCUCUUUGUCAUAUGCAAAAGUACAUGAAUUAAAACGCGUCCUUCAACUGUUAAUGGGUUCCCCCAUUGCUGUUCCUGCCAGCAACAUUCCAACAGAGCUGAAGUUCCCAGAACACUCAACCACCUCAAUUUAACUUCGUAGAAUAUGAUAAACAGCGAGGAAUGCGCCUCGCUAUGUGACAGACAGUUGACACGCAUAGGGUCUAUACUACGAGUGAAAGAGUGGCUUCCAAAGGGUGUCCAAAAAAGUUAUUUUCGAUGACAAUUACUUUAUAAAUAUAGCUACCAUACCAAGAUGUAUAACAGUUGUUCGAUAUUAAAAAACAUUCCAGCAGAGGAGAACUGCUUUUUAUUGCUCGCUACAUUCUGACGUACUAGAACUGCUUUUGUCCGCGUGCAGUCAUGUCAGCCUGGAAAGUGACUACUUCAACCCAGGAUUAUGGUUGGGUCCUUCCUCAAGUCUGAUAUACUCCCAUCGUUUGAGUAGGUAGCUACUUCAGCUAUGAAAAACGAAAACUGGCCGAUUAGAGAUCAUGCUGCCUUGGAUCCUUCUGAGCCUUUUCAGUAUCUGCCAUGCCUACAAAACUAACGUGGUGUGCUAUGGACAUGACGCCAUCUUCCCUAACGAUGUAUCUGUCUCAAUGUACUUACACAAAGUGUUCUUCACUCCAUCAUCUCCCCCUGGCCUCAUCACAAUGGUGAUGGAUGAGAGCACGUCUCUUGACCCUCGGUUCAAGAGAAGGUCCUUUUCCACAAAGUUACAGGAUGUUACCAUGGCUGAUGAAGGAAUAUACUCAGUCCUGUUUCCAGAGAAUGAUAAACCUUUGCCUGUUCUCGGCAUUACAGUAAAAGAUUGUUCAAAAGAGGCAUGGCUAAAAUAUGGAAUGAGUUACUCCCUUGAGGUGUCCAGAGCUGUCUCCCUCAUCGACUACUCUCCACUGAAUGAUGACAAGGUUAUUGUCAUGUGGGACCGCACCCAUCUUGUAAACACAGCCAGAGGGACACUAGAGAAAGGAAACUUUGUGAUGGAUAAGCUGACUCAGACAGACCAAGGUGUUUACACCUUCCGAGGGAGAAGAGGGAAGUUCUUACACCGAAUCCGCAUCUACAUUGAAGAGUGGACGCUCAGUAAGGCUGUGCAGGCAGGAGAAGUCUUUGAGUUCAGCUUCCCACUGGAUCCCUCUGAGGUCAGCCUCGCAUUCAAGCCAAGCUUCAGUGAUGAUGCUGCCUCACCCUUCACUCUGAUGGAUGGUGGGGUACUGGUAAACAGGUGGCUGUUUAAGGAAAGGAUUCACUAUGUUGGCGGGCUCACAAAAGAGUUGCAGAUUACAGAUUUGAUGCCCGAAGAUCAAGGCACCUUCUGGGUCAGAGACAGACAUGGGAACCUGGCUAAGGUGGUGGAGCUAACUGUUGUAUCACCACAUAUCCCAGUUACAGAUACAGGUAUAAUCAACUAUCCUUUGCUUUUUGCAAGUGUUGCAGUCAGCGUGCUUGUUACGUGCCUUGCCAAGUGUUGCUGCUGUAGGAAAAGUAGUACGAAAAGCAAAUCUGAUGCCAGUACUCCUGAAGAACUGGUUGUCUUCCAUCAUGAGACCACCAUUAUUGGCCCUAGACCCACAGAACCGUAUACAGGGAUCCAACACGACCCUCCCUAUAACCCUGACCAUCCCUCUAUCUCUACUUCCAACCAACAACCUCAAGACGCAGAUGUCUUGACUCAUCCAUUCAAUGUCGUUGCUGGUGAUGAGCCUCCAUCCUAUAAUGCUGCAUCAUAUUUUCAGGGGAUAGACUCAGGAAGCGUGGCAGCUCCAUCACUCUCAAUGGGUUUCGACUGCCUCUCCUCUGACUCAGGGAUCCAGUUUGAGUUUCCCAGGGGAGUAGGCUUCCCCUUGACCCCCCCACUGACCUCAGACCCACCCUCCUAUGCAGAUGUCUACACCUCGGAUAAACUCAACUUUUCCUAGUGUACAUACACCACCCAGAAUAUACACUACUUCGACCUAGUGUAAAAGGGAUCGCUAAUACCUCAUUUUAAUAUCAAAAGUCUUCUUAUUAGGAGUCUUCUCUCUCAAUAGGUUUUAUAAUAUAUGACAAAUGUUCUAUUAAUAGCCUAGACAACAUGAACAUUUGGUGUGUUUCAGAGUUUUUAACAAUCACUUAAUCGUUUGUACACAAUCGCUAUUUAUAGAAUGUUUUAUGGGAAUGUUUUAUUAUUCCACCAUGUGUAUCAGACCAACCACUACCAAGCUAACUAAUGUGCCUGACUACCCAGCCAUAAUCCUACUCAGUGGAUAAGAGAGUAUAUAGUAUAAUUAUUCAAUAGCUGGUCUAACAUGAGUGCAUUAACUUACUGACCAUGAAAAUAAGUGGCCUUUGAAGUGCCAGUAUAAGGCCAAUAUUUCUAACUUCUUUUAUUGAAUUCCUUGAUUUGGAAUGUAGUGGAAUGUAUUUUGUAAUGUUUCAAAAUGUGUGUGUGUGUCUGUAUGUGUGUGUAUAUAUAUAUGUGUGUGUGUGUAUACGAGAGAGAUUAACAUAUUAACAGUUCAUUAGUUUUCAACAUUAAUGCCAUUAUUGGCAUGUGCUGAAUAUCAUAGUUCUGUGGAUAGGUGUUGGAGUAGAAUCCUUGAAGGCAUUAUUACUUUACCGACAUGUAACUGUCUACUGCCAUACUAUCAUCAUUUUCUUUAAUGAUUACUUGAUAAAUGGAUUUUGGUUACAAUAACCAGUUACAAAUCCUGAUGAAUUGGGAUGUUAUCUAUACUGUAUGUUUUAAGAGUUUAUUAAACAAUGUUUAAGUA